AUGAAGAUCCCUCAAAGAGGUAUUUCCCUGCUGUUCGGCCUCACAAUUCUGGCUGCCAGCAGCGAUGCCCGACGAAGCGGCUAUCGCCUGCCCCAAAUGCAGGGACGAAGUGCUGGCUCCACCUCAGCCGCGACUCUAGCUCCAGUCCCAGCUCCAGAGAGUGUGGGCAGUGGUCGAGAUUUUCUGAAGAAAUUCAUGCUCUUGCGGGGCAUGUUCCAGCAGCCGCCCAGCGACAAUGUUAUAGUGAUCACUCAGCCAAGCUCGACCACAACCACAACUGCCACGCCCACACCCACAACCACCACUACGACGACAACCACAACAACGACGAACAAUAAUGCCAGAUCCCUGGAUCGAUCGCAGAACAGAAAGUCGGAAGAUGAGCAAGUCUUAGAGCUUCCAGUGCCCACAAUGACUGGACUAGAUGUCCAAAAUGGCUUGGACUUGCCCCCAGAUGAAGCCCAUUUAGCCGGAACUCUGCCACAGCGAAAGCAAUCGCUUCCCAAAACAUACAAGCAGAAGAUCAAGCUAAAGAAGAACUUUCAGGCACAGCAGCAACAGCAGCUCCGCUCCAAGAAGACCCAUCAUCAUCGUCACGUCCACAAGCCCCAGCAGGUGAACAAGUUGAAGCGACAGCUAAAGAAGAGUCGAAAGAACCAGCAUCAGAGAAACUCAAAUUCGGGCAACGAGCAGAGGCAAUCGGCAGUCAAUUUCAUCGAGCCCUACCACAAUGAGCUCUCCCCUGGGGCUGGGACUCAGUCUGUCUCCGACUCGCGUUUGCAGCGCAUCUGGCGACGUCUGCAGCUGACCAACUAA